AUGGAUGUUGAUACAGAGCAAACGACCACUACUGCGACCAAACCAAAGAAGGAAGGCAAGGAUAGCGGCAAAGCACGUUUUGAAGUGAAGAAGUGGAACGCUGUCUCUUUAUGGGCAUGGGACAUCGUCGUCGAUAACUGUGCUAUCUGCAGGAACCACAUCAUGGAUCUUUGCAUUGAUUGUCAGGCCAAUCAAGUCUCAGCCACCAGUGAGGAGUGUAACGCUGCGUGGGGAAUUUGCAAUCAUGCAUUCCAUUUCCACUGCAUCUCGAGGUGGUUGAAGACCAGAAAUGUCUGUCCUCUGGAUAACCGUGAAUGGGAAUUGCAAAAGUAUGGGCGGUAG